UAGUUGUCUGCAGAAGUGACAUAACACAUAACCUCAAAGUUCUUUUUACUAAUUUCCAUUCCUUGGAAAUAAUGGUGUGUGUGUGAAAACAGUGAACUAGUGAAAGAAUUGAUAAUUGUUGCGAUAUUUCUAUGCAUUAAUUAGCGUGCGGGCAAGAUGUCGUCGCUACUCAGAUCAACAAAGUUUGUGCGCUAUUUCACUGGUGCGGCAAGAACGCUGAUAUUGAACACCGCUAAGACCACAGAAGUUUCCACACUAAUAAAUCCGAAAGCUCUAUCUUCUGCCAAUAAUGUGCUUAUGCGAGAUUACGCUACAAAGAAAUCGGAGAACCUGGAACCAUUGCUACAAAGACUCGACUCUGAGGUUAGACGUUUCGGACGGAUCACCAAACGGGACAUAGAUGAGGUCUUCGACGAAUUAAAAGGCAAAAACAACAUAACUAGCUCACAGUCAUUACUUGUAAUAAGAUGUUGUGGGGAGCUAGUGCCCGAAGAGUUGCCAGAACAGAGAACAUUGCUGGUACAAAAAAUAUGGAACAUUCUCACAGAAAGAGGCAUUCCAAUGGACAUUUCACACUACAAUGCUCUACUCCGAGUGUACAUUGAAAAUGAGCAUCUAUUCUCACCAGCCCAGUUUUUGGAGGAGCUUGAGAGCAAAGGCAUUCAACCUAACAGAGUAACUUACCAGAGGCUUAUGUGGCGGUAUUGCCAACAAGGUGACGUAGAAGGUGCCACUAAAGUCCUAGAAAAGAUGAGAGAACUAAACUUCCCUGUGUCAGAGCCUGUCCUAAACGCUUUAGUCAUGGGUCAUGCCUUCCACGGAGACACUGAUGGUGCCAAAGCAGUGCUGGAAACAAUGGCUGGAGCUGGUCUCGAACCCACAAACCACACAUACACACUUCUAGCUUGUGGGUAUGCUAAACAAGGCGAUAUUAACAAUGUGAAAAAAGUCAUCGACACGGCAAAUAACAAAGAAGUUUUUAUAACUGAUAAGGAUGUUUUGGACAUCAUAGAACAACUUACCCUUGGAGGACAUGGCGACAAAAUCAAUCAAUUAUUUGGCUACCUAAAAAAGAAUGUUGGCUACAAUCAAGAAGUUUGCAACCUAGUUUUGAAAUUACUCAACAAGGGGCACAUUGAAACAGCAAAGGCAAUCAUGAAAACCAUGCCUAAGUCUACCACUGUCGAUGACACAAUGUUCAAAGGGGCCUUCUUUGUCAAACAGCUCAUCAGAAUAAACAUGGAUUCUGAGAAACUCAUCAAAGUCUGUAAAGAACUACAAGAGGAAGAAUUAGUGCCUAGUGCUUUGUACAUUGCCACAGAAAUGUCGUUGCAGUUGGGCAAGACAGAAUUGGCACAAAAGCUAUUUAAGGAAAUUCAAAAUGAGGGCAUGGAAAUACGCCAGCACUACUACUGGCCUCUUUUAGUCCAGAAAGGUAAGGAAAACGACGAGGAAGGUCUCCUCCAAAUCGUUCGCACCAUGUCAGCCGAAGGACUUACCCCUACUGGAGAAACUCUCAGAGACUAUGUCAUACCUUACUUGAUAAAUAAUAACUCCCCUCAAAAUAUAAUACUGAAGCUGCAAAUAGCUAAUGUUCCAGUCAUGGUGAGUGCUAGAAAUUUGAUGUUGGAGUAUUUAGACGCUGGAAAAAUUAAGCAAGCGUCUGAAGUUGCUCUUCAGUAUAGACUCAGAGGACAAUACGCAGUUUUGACCAGACCAUUAUUGAACGCGCUCGGCAAGACUAAAGACAUCAAUUCUUUCGUGUCUAUCCUUCACGUAAGCAGCAGCACUCCGCAAUCCAGUCAAGAAGACGACAUCACAAACGAAGACAGCUCACCCGAAGAAAAGGCAAGCGUAACAGAAGUCGGCCGUCUCGUGAAAUCUGGUGUGAAAGUUUUAGCCAAACCCGAAUUAGCAGAGCAGCUGCUUUCUGAACUCCAUGAAAAGGGUUUGAGAAUCAGCACACAGUCAGCUGAAGAAAUACAACAAUACCUAGAUAAGAACAUGACCACUGGAAUAUCUGAGUUGCUGACGAAACUUACGUCGGCUGAUCUUGAGCCAGUGAUGCUUGAGAGCCCUAAACGAGCCGGGCCUCGGACGGCAGCUCAACUCGAAAAAUUAAUCGAACAGAUCAAGAAUAGAGACGGUGAAAACAACAUCAAUCGCCUACAGAAACAACUGUUACUUGCGUACAUAAACGAGAAUAAUGUGUCUAAAGUUAGCAGUUAUUUGGAGGAACUGAAAGCCAGUAACUUCGCAUUGAGCCCUGCUUUGCUGGCUCAACUAUACGAGUUUUACUGUCAGAAUGAUGAAAUUGAUAAAGCGAAUGCAUGCAAAGCCGAUCUUGCCCAGAAAGCGCCAGAGUUCGAAUUGAAUAAGUACAAACUGGUCCUGAUGGGGAAUGCUUUGAUCAGAGCUAACAGAUUUGAUGAGGCUAUUCAGUUUUUGAAUGACAACAAAUCAAAGUCUGCUGACAAUGAAACGGGCUUCGUACUCAAUUCCAAAUGCUGGCAAAUGCUGAACGCCUUGGCUGAACAGAAGGAAGACACUAAGGUACUGGAACUAACCAAAGCAUUGAUCGAGAAUAACUACAUCGAACCUUCCAAUGUGAUUCUGGGGCCUACCAUAAAGGCCUUCCUACUGAAGGGUGAUGUGGAAAGUGCGUUGAAGCAAUUCGAACACAUCUGCAAACAGUACCGGUGCACUCCGUGGAAAGGUGAACUUAUGAAGGCGCUGAUUAUGAAGGAAGAUGCGACCAAAUUGCAGUGGCUAGCUGAUCUUAGCACACAGAUCCACGGCGAAGUGAACAUCCUCCAUGACCUGGUGCUGGCAUUCGUGGAAUGCGGCCGUCUGCGGCAAGCGCGCCGUAUUCUGGAGACGCCGGGCAUGCAUACACGCAUGCGCCGCUUGGACGACGCCUGCCAGAGAUACGUUGAGGAGGGCAAAUCGGAAUACCUCGAAGGUCUGCUAGAAGCUACAAAAGAGCUCUCACACAUCGAUCGUUCUAACAUUUUCCAACACCUGCUGGUGACUUACUGUAAGGCCGACGAGACAGACAAGGCAGUCGGCUUAUGGACCAUCCUGCAGGAAGAAGGCGAGAUACCCAGCAACCAGUUCCUCAUCCACCUCGGAAACCACCUCAAAUCCAAGAACAGACAAGUCCCAUUCGUGAUGCCUGAUGAACCAAAGACGACCAAGCCUAAGAAACAGAAAGUCCAGCAAACUCAGAAUAUCCCGUCAAAGAACCAGAUAUCAGACCGGAUUGAAGCUCUAGUGAAGAAAGGCGAAGCCGUCAAAGCCAUGGACGUAGCUUUACAAGCUCUCCAGCGGAAUUCGAUGCCUAAAUUACCCGUUAUGAAAUUCCUCCUGAAAACUUUAGCGGAGACUGGCAACGUGGAAAAAAUAGAGGAGCUGGGAGGUCUCCUGACGGAACAAACUAAGAGGAAGCUGGCUUACGAUGACAAAUUAACUCUAGCGGUGUUCAAACAGGGCGCAGGCGCUGACCAUAUAGAAGGCAUGGUGGAGAAAAUGCAGGCCGCCGCGACCGAAGAAGAUUUAGAGGAAAUCCUGAAGAAGUUCCCCAGAAGUACCGCUCUAGCGUCCAUUAUCAAUAACGAGAAUCUUGUUGCUAAAUGCCACAAAAUAGCCGAGUUAGCCGCAUCAAAAGGCCACUUAACGCCCAUAAACAUCUUAUGGAUGGAGUACCUUCUCGCUGGAAAGCAGAAGGAAGCCAAUGAGAUUUGGAACCAGUGGCUUUGCACCGCGCCCAGUCUGCUCUUCAGGAGACUGUUACAAGAGAGCCAUAACAAAAACGACACCAAAACGAUUGAACAUCUUUUAGAAAUGAUGAAAACAAACACUUCUCUAACAAAAGGAUCCUUAGGAAACGUUUAUUCCCGACUGAUUAAUCUCUAUUUGGUUAACAACAAGGUUAAUGAAGCAGAAUCCGCUUUGCGUAAGGCAAUCGAGGAAGGCGUUCAAGCCGAGCAUUUCAACAAAAACUGCCUGGAGAGACUGAAACAAGUAAUGACAGAAUCCGGAAAGGAAUACAACUACUUUAAUUAGCUGUUGUAGGUACGCUAUUUCAUUGCAUUUUAUUUUCAACCACU